AUGGAGAAGAGAAUUUUUUAAUUGGAAUAAUGUAUUCACUAAUUAUAACUAAAAAUGUUGAUUGAAAAAAUUGAAUAUCCAUUUGAUAUAAUUCCAGAACAUUUGAGAUUAAUGGAGAUACCAUCAUUCAUUCGAGCUAAAUUAAAAGCAAUUUAAUUUAAUCCCACAUUAGAAAAAAAUGAAGCUAAAUUCUAAGAAGUAAAAUACGUUGGACUUAAUCGUAUGUAUUAAGGAUAAUGGUAUAAUAAUAAGUAAAAUGGGAGAGGAUAAGAAUAUAAUGAUAGAGAAAAAAAAUUCUUUUAUGGAUAUUGGAAAGAUGGAAUAUUUGUUUAAGGAUUAAUUAUUACAGAAAACUAUUUGUUUGAAGGUGAAACCUAGGAUGAUAAAUUUUAGAAUGGAGUUCUAGUAUUUUCAGAUUAAAGAAUAUUUUCAGGAAAAUUUAUCUAAGGAGAACUUAAUGAUGAAAAAGGAGAGUAUCUUAGUAAUACUGAAAAAUACUUUGGAGGAUUUAGAAAUAGUCGUAAACAUGGAAUAGGUAUAUAUGAAGGUAUAUAUGAAGGUAUAUAUGAAAAUAAAAAAAUUAAAUAUGAAGGGAAUUUUGUAGAAGAUAUUAUAUGUGGUUAAGGUUCAUUGAUGGAAAAAGAGAAUCGAUAGAUACAAGAAGGUCAAUUUAAGGAUGGUUUAUUGGAUGGAAAAGGAGUGUAUAUUCGAUCUUUAGAAGAUUAUUAUGUAGGUAUUACAUAUUAUUAUCAUUAAUCUAUAGGAUAUUUUAAAUAAGGCAAAGAACAUGGUUAAGGGACUUUGAAGAAAGAAGGUGUAAUUUAUUAAGGAAAUUUUAUAUAAGGUAAAUUGGAUGGAUGGGUAUAAAUGACUUAAGAUAGAAAAAUUUAUAAAUGCUUUUUUCAAUAAGGUAUAGAAGAUUAAAAUAAAAGAAUAUUGAUUAAAUGA